GAUCUGGAUGCGGUCAUGAUGGCUUUGGCGGAAGAGCGAGUGGUGGUGGAAGGAAGUGAUGUUAGGGUGCCAAUAGGGCAUGGAGUUGGACGUAUGGGUCAAUUGGGAAAGAUACAUGAAACGAACACUGGGGCGUACAUCAUCGCUGCUCAAUAUGUCAUGUGUGCUCUUGGUGGGUACACAGAGGCGGAGUAUGAUGUUCUGAGUCAUGCCUUCCGAAGAGACAUCAAAGAUUACGAACUUUAUAAUCGAUAUCACGCUCUUACAGUGCGUAAAUUAGCCUGAUUAAGCAAUACAAUAUAUGUCUAGUUUUUCAUCAAAAUGAAGGGGGAUCUAACUCCUCGUAACAGUAUG